CAGUUGAGGUCGCGCUUUCUGAAGUUGGAUUCGUUCAUUUGAUUCGUAUGUCGUUGACUUCUUUUGUGUGCUCUGUCGUAGUUUCUUUUCUGAUUCCGCAAUUCAAAGUUCUACUUUAUUAAAUUUUAUUCAUUAUAAUGCAGAUUUGAAAUGACCUAACCAAUAAGUAAGCUAAAACGAUCAACAAUGCCGAGCCCCGCCAAACCUGGCGUCGGUGGCACCGACAUUGUCACUGGAAAUUUGAGUCACUUGAGUGAGAGUCUCUUGAAAAAUAUGGAGAGCAAGGUUGUCGCUCCAAGAAAUCCAAAAUUAAUCAAAACAACGGAAAUGCCAAAAAUUCGGAUGACCCCAUCAAUGUACAUGAAGGAAAUGGAGAUGGACACCAAAGCCAAGUUAGCAAAUACCCAUGAAAUGAGAUUACCAAGGGUAGUUGAACUUCUGGAUAUGUCAGAAACAACACAUCAAAAAGUGUCUUCUGUUGAUGUCGAAGAAGCAAUGUUUCAACCUUUUCCAUCAGAAAUUUAUUUUCAAAAUUUUGAGCCGUUCCAUACCUAUGAAGUACCAUUACUGCUGAGGAAUAAUGACAAGGUUCCAAGAUUAGUAAAAGUAAUCCAGAAAGAUUCACCUUACUUUAAAAUUAUCAGUCCUGAAAACGUCAGUCACAAGGUGGCACCAGGAAUGGCUUCCGUCUUCAAAAUUUUGUUCAAUCCUGAAGAUAACAAAGAUUAUACUCAUGAAUUGAUUUGUAUGACUGAACGUGAAAAGUUUAUUGUUCCUGUUAAAGCUAUUGGAGCACAUGCUAUUCUAGAUUUACCAGAUCAAGUCAAUUUCUCUGUUUGUCCAGUGAAACACAAUUCAUCAAAAACUCUUCUUGUCCGAAACAUUGGAAAAAUAGAAGCUAAAUUUUCAUUUGAAACUGAGAGUCCGUUUUCAAUUACGCCAAGUUCUGGAAGUCUUGCUGUUGGUGACAGUAUACAAAUGUUCAUUGAAUUCAAGCCAUCAAAAAUUGGAGAUCAUCAGAAGGAUUUGGUUCUUUGCUAUGAUUCUGGCGAACAGGUUCAUGUCACAUUAUAUGGAGCUGCUGUUGAUGCAAAUGUGCGUUUGGAUAAAAAUGCGAUUCGCAUUGACAACACCUAUAUUUCAAUGGCAAACCAGAGAAACAUUAUCAUACACAAUAGAAGUAAUGUCAUUGCCCACUUCAAAUGGUCACCAUUUGCAACUCAGAUUGAAGAAGACUCGCAGAAAGAUAGAUUUUGCAACGAGAUCAGUGAUGAAGAAAGACAAGAACGAGAGAGAUUUUUACAAGAAUGUAUCGACGAUCCAACAUUACGUGAUAGAAUGUCAAUAUUGACUCGUACUUUUACCAACAGAAGAAAUCUAGUUCAAGGAGAUCCAUUACUUUUUGCUGAUGAAAUAUUUUCUGUGUAUCCUUUGGAAGGAGAUAUUUGGCCGAAUUCAACUAUCGAGUUGACAGUGGCUUUUAAGCCAAAAGAGGCAAAAUCUUAUCAGAGAACAGCUUUUUGUGACAUCACUGGUAGAGAAACAAGACUUCCUUUAAAAAUCCGAGGUGAUGGGAUGGGACCGAAACUAGUGUUUUCAUAUGAUUCACUAGAUAUUGGAAACGUUUUUGCUGGCUCCACUCAUACUUAUGAGGUUGUAUUGGCAAACAAAGGUGACAUUGAUGCAAUCUUCAGUUUGUCGCCAUCGAGCGAAGGACCUCCGAAAGGUGGAACGGUGGCAAAAAAUCAACCCGACUCGGAAUUCAGAUUUGAUCCAGUUGAAGGCAUUGUACUUCCCACUGGACAUCAAGCUAUUGAAGUAUCGUUCUGUUCAGAAACACUUGGCGAUUUUUCAAGAGAUUUUUAUUUCGCUGUCGAUGGAUCACCAGAACAAUUGAAAUUGAAUUUCAAGGGAUGUGUGAUUGGGCCAACUUUUCAUUUCGAUGUUCCUCGGCUGAGAUUCGGCACAGUAUCAUAUGGAUUUGUUCAUUCUAAAUUAUGUAAUCUGUACAACACAUCACUGGUACCUAUGACUUUCAAUCUCAGAGUCCGAGGUGAUGGUACUGGUGAUCUAAGUGUAGCAAGUGCGAGUGAUCUUGAGGGUGAAAGCAAACCGAUCGACACAGGAAGAAGCAGUUCGGCUAGUAUGCUAUCUCUAAGAGAAUUCGAUGUCACACCAUCGCAGGUAAUGAUUUGCUUUGCUGUUGGAACUAAUUCGUGCUCAGAGUUGAGAUGAAGAAUUCAAGUUAGCAUUUGUUCAAACACACUCAAGAGAUAUGAUUAUGCUCUCGUUGUUGAUAUCAAAGGAGUUGGAGAAGAUAUUUUAUCUUUGCCUAUUGUCGCAAAAUGUGUUGUACCAACUGUUCAAGUUCUCACUCCAACAAUUAACUUCGGUCGCUGCUUCUUGAACUAUCCAUAUCAAUUGAAUGCCAAGCUACUGAAUGAUAGUGACUUACCAGCAAAAUAUGAUCUAUUGCCACAGGUACGUGAGGAGCUCAGUACUAUUGUGUACGGUAGCCCGAGACCAAAAGGUAUUCUUGAGCCAAGAGCGGUUGUUGAUGUACCUUUGCUUAUCCAAGUGCAUGAGUUAGAAGAUCAUGAAGUUACAGCUUUAUUCUCUAUUUUCGGAAGCACAGAAACUUUGCCUGUUGUUAUUCAAGUCAUUGGAGAAGGUCCCGUGGUUCACAUUACUCCUGAACAUCUGGAUUGGGGUCAAACACAAGUGUUAUCUCCUGCUACAAAGACCGUGGAACUUUCUAACGAAUCUGCUAUUCCUGCUGUGUUCUUUGCUCAAAUGAUGCGUACCAAUUCAGUAUGGAAAGUCGAACCAGAUCAUGGUGAAAUACCAGCUCAUUGUACAGAGACUGUUUCUGUUUCUGCAAUAUUGGAUGACUGUAUUAGAUUUCACGACAAACUUAACAUUACGGUAGUGCAAGGACCGAGUGUUACUAUACCAGUUCAUGCAUAUGGAUACGGUACUACACUUGUGACUGACCCACCUCUGGCCCCCAAAUUCAAUCUCGGCCCUCAUUUCGCAAAAUCGAUAUGUUCAAGAAAAAUUAAACUCACAAAUCGUGGCAGAAGACAUCAAGCUUUGAUGUGGAGCACAGAUGGAUUUGUGAAACCCAGGCAUCGCAGACAUGAACAUGGUCUUUCCAAUUCUAAAGAUAUGAAAAUCAGGGACAAAGCACCAAUCCCAACACCACCAGCUCCUGUAUUUGAGAUUCAUCCAAGUAGAUUGGCAUUGGAACCUGGUCAUAGUGCAUGGGUUACAUUGGAAGGAUAUUGUGAUGGGCCUCGCCGAGUACAUGAAACUCUAGUUUGUCAUGCUAUUAUCGGAAAAGCAAACGGAAAAGAGAAAAUUCUAAAAUCAAUUCUGAGUGCGGAUUUUGUUUCCCCAGUUCUGGAAUUGUCCAAUCCUAACUUAUACUUCAGAGUAGACAAAACACCUGAAAGCUCACCCAUGGUUCCACAAACAGCAAAAUUUAUUGCUAAGAACGUGUCAUCGUUACCUUUGACCUGCGUCAUGACAACAGAAUAUCCAUUUCAGAUUCUGGAUUUUCAAAAUAUUCCGCGCUCUGAGCUGUUGAUUAGUCUAGAUUUGGGACAAGAACAUGAAAUUGUAGUCUGGUUCGAUCCUGAUUAUAAAAAUGACUUGUUUUCAAGAAUUGCUGAUAGUGAAGUAACUAUCACAUACAAGGAACAUCCACAUACGGAUCAUGUUAAAUUAAAAGGAGAGGUCAACUUUCCGAAUCUUGACUUCAGUAAGAAGGAGAUUGAUUUUGGAUGCAUUCUCAAUGAUACUGAGGUUGCCAGAUUUGUUGAUAUUACAAAUAACAGCCCAAUGCCUGUUUCAUAUCGAUGGUCGUUCGUUGUCAAAGAAGGAGAAGAAAAUAUCAAAUAUCUUGGUGUUAUACCGAGCACUGACCUAUCUCAACAAGCAUUAGACAUGGAAGUUGAGGAAUCAGCAGCUGGUACAGAAGGAUCUGGAAUUCAACAAAGACAAGGAAGUUCUAAUGCAGCUGAGGAAUCUUCUCAACAACAGAUGGAAACUAUGCGGAGUAAUGAAGAUAGUGUUGUUAGACCCUCAUCUGGAGUAGAUAGAAGCCAACAAGAUGGUGAGGAGGAAUCUGCGCAAGGAGAUGGACAACAAAAUGAAGAAGCAAGCAUUGAGAAUCGUGAUCAAGAAGAUAAUGAGAAUAAUAAUCAGACAGAAGAUGGAGAUGAACAAGAUGAAGAAGCAGUUGCUAUGGCUAUCCAGGAUUCUGGAGAACUUCAUUUAAGUCUAGAUUGGUCUAAAGAAGACGAUGAUUUCCUGCAUUCCCAUUUACAUCAACAACACGAAGAACAAGUUCAAAUUGAAUCUGAAGAAAUGGAAGAAUUAAAGAGAUCUGUCAGUAGAAUGUCCUCAAAGCAUCAACCUUCUCAUUCAGCAAGCAUGAAUGCUGCUGGUCUUCCCAUUCUACCUUGGCUAACCCCAGGAGCAAUACAUUUACCAAGUGGUGUAGAAGAGAUAUUCGAUAUUUUACCAAUCUAUGGAACUCUGGAUCCAGGAGAAACUCAGAGAGUGACUUUCACUUUUUAUGGACAUGCUGAUGUCAGCUCAUUUGCAAAGGCUGUUUGUUAUGUCAACGGUGGGCCUGAAUAUGACUUGUCAUUGAAAGGUGAAGCAUCUCUCAUUGAAUAUAGAUUUGAUGCCUGUGAAAUUAAAUAUGGAAAACAGAUGUUUGACCAAGUAGCGAUGGAUGAAUUAAAACUCGAGAAUCCUGGUCGAGUUGGAUUUGACUUUGCAACAUUGGAUUUGGAAUCGUUCGGUACUGCGGAAAAUCCAGUACCUGGUCUACCUGUAGUUGUUCCUAGCACUGGACAUGUUGAAGCUUUCAGCGAAGCUGUAAUCAAGGUUUAUUAUUUGCCAGGAAUACCAGAAAAGUUUCAUAAAUCUUUUGAGAUUCAAGUUGCUCACUUUGAACCGACUAUAAUUAAUCUACAUGGAGAAGGAGUUUUUCCUCGAUUAGCUUUGGACCUUCCUCGAUUUUAUGAACAAAAUGAAAGAUUCUUCUCGCUCGUAAAAGAAGCUCGAGAAACUCUGGAAAAUGAAACAAAAAACAGAAUUCAAGGAUCAGCUCAUGAAAGCACAACAUCCAUUUCAGCUCCACAGAAAAAUAUUGAAGAUGGGAAUCAGUUUCCAGUUAUUGAUCAUGAAAUGCCAUCAGAGUUGGAUGUACAAAUGGAAGCUGAACGACUUCUGAUGAAAGAAUUUGCUGGAGAAAAUCAAAGAUUUUUCAAUGAAGCUCCGAUAAUGUUGGAACCUUCUGCUGGUGCAACUGAUCAAGCAAAUAGAAAGAAAAGAAAGUUCCCAAGAAUUCGAUUGACUGACUAUCUACUCGAUUUUGGCUAUGUUAUACUUGGGAAUGUUCGAUCACAUAUUGUUCGAGCUUCAAACACUUCACAUUUUCCUGUAUCGUUCUCAACUGAUAGAAGCAGUCUUUGGCACUCAGGAUUCAAUGUUGAACUGGAUCGAGUAAAGCAACUACCAGGAUAUCCACAGCAUGAAACUAUUGAUUUUAAAGUAACCUUCGACCCUAGAGGAGCCAACCUUGGAUUGGGUCCAGUAGAAGCUGUUGUUCCUGUCAAUAUUGUUGGAGGUCCUCAAAUCUGUAUGAGACUGCAAGCUCAUGUUACUGUACCUGAACUUGAAAUUAACACUGAUAUUGUUGAGUUUGCUAAAGUACAAUGUGGACAAUGUAAAGUUAUCACUGUUCAAAUACAUAACCAUAAACAAGUCAGAUGUGAAUGGACGUCACUGAAUCCUGCACAGAGAAAUGACAAGCUUGACAAACAUGUACCGAUGCAUUUACGAAGAAAAUUCAGAAAAGAAAUGAAACCUAAAGCUGCACAUUUUGAGAUGAUGCCUGCUCGAGGUUCUCUUGCUCCCGGACAAAGAAUGAAUGUUCAAAUCAAAUUUAUGCCAACAGAAGAGAAAGUCUACUCUCAAAGACUAGUCGUUAGAAUUGCUCAGUCUACAGCUCGUCUCUCUAUUAUUGUCAACGGUGAAGGACAGGAGCCUCGACUUGAGUUUUCUCACACUCUUGUCACAUAUGGCCCGAUCUUACCUCAUGGUGUCGGAGAUGAGGUUGAUGUGGCAGUAUCGAACCCAACCUUAUUUCCAAUUGAAGUCUAUUCACUGGAUUUCGAUAAACAAUAUUUAAUGGAAGAAAAGAUUCUGCGAAUGAUGAAAGGUUAUGAUGACAAUGGGAACAUCUUGCUUCCCCCGAGAUUACCAGGAGAUGAACUUCCUCCUGAACUACUCUCUUUUUACUCUGAUCACAAAAUUACUCUUGGUGAGGGAGAGGAAAUGAAACCACAAGAUGCUGAUGCCAUUGAAGGAGAGGACUUGGCUGAGGAAGGAUUCGAAGCAGGAGAGACUCAAUCUAGAGUUUCUGGAUCUGCAAAACUAAGACAAGGUACAGCAUCAAGAGAUGUCUUACAACCUGAAGAAUCUGUGGUUUCUGCAACUGAUCUUGGUGUUGAACAAAAACACGAUCAAGAACAACAGGAUAGAGCUGCUUCUCCGCAUACAAGCGAUAAGAAGACAACAACUUCAGUUCAAGGUAAAGAAGAUGCUGAGACCAAACAAGAUGAAGAUAAAGCCAGUAGCAUUGGUGUUGGAGAAUUAGAAAUAACACCUGUAUCAGCUGCUAUUGCACGUCACCUUGGCAUUGAUUUAACUCCUGAUGGUAGAGCUGCAAGAAAUAGACGUGGAAUUGCUGUCAUUAUUCAUGGACCACCUAUGUCUGGUAAAACAAAUACAGCUGUUAUGCUUGCAAAGUCAUAUGGAGCAGCCAGAUUAACAAUUGAUGGUGUUGUUAUGGAUGCCAUUUCUAACGGAAAUAGUCGGGCUGGUCUCCGAGCAAGAGAACUUUGUGCUCAAACAGCGAAAGGACAAAAAGAUGAAGAUGGAACAGAGGCUGGAACAGUGACAGGCGGACUCAGCGUCGAGGCUGUUACUGCUCAUACAGGAGGUGUUACAGAAGGAAAACAUGGUGCUGCGUCUGUAAUUUCAACAAAGAAAGCAAGCGUCAUCAGCAAACAGCAAGGAAGUACAAUGGGAGGAAAAGGAGGAGCUCCUGGAGGUGCGGCCUCUGAUCAUACUGGAUCCCAUGGUGCAAGUAGUCCACCUCCGUUUGCUGCUCCCAUUGCUCGAAGAUUGAGUGUAUCUGCGUCUGUUGCCGGUGAAGAAGGAUUGAUUAGCUGUGUUCUACCUGAGGAGUUACUCAUAGAAAUACUCGAGGAAAGAUUGCAGCUUAAUGAUUGUCAUCAUGGCGUCAUAUUUGAUGGAUUAGAAACAUUGUUUAGUGCAAAUCAACAAGCAACGACUUUAUCAUUGUUGAAAGCCAUCAAUAACAGAAAACAUAUCUACUUUGUGACUCAAAAACUGGAUUAUGCCACGGUUAAAGCAAAACAAAGAGCUAAAGAAAAUGAUGAAGUGAAAGCAAUGCAGCUUCGAGAGGAGGAAGAGAGAAGAGUUCUUGAGGAAAUGGAUGAAGAUGAGUAUGAUGCUUUACCUGAUGAGAAAAAAGAAGAAAUCGAUCAACUGCGACUGGAAGCAAAACGAGAGAAAAUAAGGCAAAGAGACGAGGAAGAGAGAUUGGAAAGAGAAAGAAUUGAAAUGGAGAAAAUGCAAAUGCUUGAAGAUAAAUUAAAAGAAGAAGAGAAUGCAAAAAAGAAAAAAGGCAAAGGAAAAAGAGAGGAGACUGGGAAAAGAAGUAUAUCAGGAAAACAUGGUGAACUACCAACUGCUGCUGUGCAAGGUCAAGCUGGUGCAGGAUCAGUUACUGGUGGCGGAGAUAAGAAAAACUUAAAAACCGUUGUUUCACUUGCUAUGGUCGGACAUUCAUCUCAUGAUAUGCUCGAUAAGCGACCUGAUUCAAGAGGAACUGAUAGACCAGAUUCAAUUGCUGAUGACAAAAAAAAGAAACAUAAAUAUCGACCAUCAUCAUCUGAGGAAAUGAGAGACAAAGUACCGGAUGAGAUAAAAGAUGAAAAAGCCCUGGAAAUGGAAAAAAUGCUUCAAAAUAGGUUCAAAGCCUUCGAAGCAUCUCAACGUGACAUUGCUGGUAUCUUGGAAUUUUGGGACCGAACUUCACUUUCAGUAAACCGACCUUCGACCCCCGAGGGCACCAUGUCCCAAGCAGUCACUGCGGCUGAUGACGAUGCAGCUGGCACGACUAUCGGAGGUGCUAGCACUACUGGAAAAGACAAACCUCCUCCUUCUGGGAAGAGAGCAAGCAAAAAAGAGAGAGAAAAGGAAAGACAAGAGAGAGAAAGGCAAGAAAGAGAGAGACUGGAAAAGGAGAGAAUCGAAAAUGAGAGAAUUGAAAGAGAGAAAUUGGAAAGAGAAAAAAUGCUUGAGGCCGACGGAGGAGAAGGUAAAAUAGAUAAGGAUGGAGUCCCACAUGUAAUAGUGGACACCACAACAGUGGACAUCGCCAAAAUUGGUGACCAGUUACUGGCCGAUGAAAAGUUACCAUCAGUAGAAGAGGUUCUUGAUGGGCUCGGUCUGGGGCCAAAAGGGCCACCAAUCCCACCCCCUGCAAAUUUCUCAGUCGUACCUUAUCCAGUCAAGAGGAAGCCACCAUCUGCUGACCCAAGUCAGCAUUAUCAUUUCGUUUCAACGUCCCCAGAUGACCCCAACAUCGGAAUUGAAGAUCAUCCAAAAGAGCCUUCCGAAUCCGCAGCCGGGGAUGAAACAAGCCCUCUUGAAGUUGCGAGCCGUGCAGAAUCAAAGAAAGAGGACCAUCCUCCACUGCCAUCUAGCAGAAGAGGAAAGAAAGAUAAAUCAGAUGCACGUGCGUCUGGAAGGAAAUCGUCGCCAAGACGAAGCCGCAAGGGUUCUAUUGAUGGUGGAAAAAUAUCACCACCUAUGCCUGCUACUCCCGGAUCAGAAGCUGAUCAGAGCAGUGUUUUGGGUGAUGUUACGUCAAUGGCGGGAACAGCGGAUUUUAAAAGCAUCAAACUAAGCCAUUUCCGAUGGGUAGUCCCUGCUGGAGCCGAAACUGUAUUUCGUAUCCGAUUUACUUCUGAAGAACUCGGUCAAUUUGAUCAGACAUUAAAUUUUGAAAUAACAGGAACAAGGAGAAGAUAUCAACUGUUUUGUCGAGGAGUUUGCUCUUUCCCCACUAUAAGCAGAGAACCUCGUAUUGUCUUUCCACAUCGUAGAAAAACUAGAGCUCGACCUGAUGAACCAGCUGUUAAAAAAUAUGUCAUCUCUGAUGAAGCUUUUGAAUAUGGACCACUAUUGUGUGGAAAGACAAGAGAGAGAUACAAGGAGGCGAGAUACCCAGAAAAUAUGGAAAAAAUUUUCAUACAAAAUACAUCACCAUUAAAUGCUGACGUUAGUUUCUGUUAUCAACGAGAUAGCAGUGGAACAACGUUCUUACUUGAUCCUCCUAAUAUGUUCCUUAAACCUGGGGAAACAAAGCCAUUAUCAAUGUGGGCAUAUCCGAAGACAUCUGGUCUAUUUGUUGAUACGUUGGUUUGUUGUGUUCGAGAAAAUCCUGAACCAAUAUGUUUCAAUGUUGCCUGUCAUGGUGUCCGUCCUGAAGUUGAACUCGAUAGAAAACAUCUUCACUUUGAUAAGGUACUGCUUCAUCGCAAAGAGACCAAGACACUUUUUCUUCGCAAUAGUACAAUGUUACCAGUUGCUUGGAGAGUGGCAGGAAUGGAAAAUAUGGGAGAUGAUUUCUCUUUGAGUCAAGACUCUGGAGUUAUUGAACCAAGAUGUGAAUUCGGACUUCAAAUGCAUUUCAGAGCUACAAAAGCAAUGAAUUUGAAGAAGACCAUCAGACUUGAGGUUUCAGAUGUAGAAAACAUUAUGGGGCUCGUUCAGACAGAAAAUGUUCAAGUUACAGCAGAAGCAUAUGAUGUUGCUUUAGAUAUGAGUUUUCCAAAAGGUGCAGAUGGAGGAUUGGACUUUGGUGUCAUUCGUGUCAUGGAUGAAUCAAAACAAACUUGUUCUCUCAAAAAUAAAGGAAGAUAUGAGAUCGGAUUUUGCUUUUUACUCGAACAAUCUGCUCCAAACUGCCCUCCUGUGGAGGAACUAUUCAGUAUUUUACCGCAGAAAGGUACACUAGUACCUAAUGACAGACCAACUCAGGUUCAAGUCGUCUUCAAAUCUCGAGCUGAAGUCGCAAUUAAUGAUCUACCGUUACUAAGAUGCCAAGUAAUUGAACCAAAUAUUGGUGAUGGAGGAGAAAUAAUUGCUUCAAUUCCUAUCAAACUUACUGUUCGUAGUGUGUUCAGCAAGUAUAAUAUCUUCCCUUCAACUGAUAUCAACUUUGGACCAAUGAUUCUCAACGCCAAACGUACUCGCACAUUCUUUAUUGAAAAUAAAGGGGAAUUUGAUUUCAAGUACACUGUCACCAAAAUGGUACGAGAAGCUCCGAUUGCUCGACCUAGACCAAUCGUUCUCGGAGGUAGAAAACCUAAAUCUAGAGACGGUUCUAGUUCAAGUCGAUCUGUGGCUCGUGGUGGCAGGACAGCUUCAGUGAGACAAGACAUGGGUGCAAAUCAGACUCGUCUUAUCGUUGGAUCUUUCACUGUUUAUCCUGGAUUUGGCACAAUAUUACCUGGUGGAACGCAGACAGUUACAGUCGAUUGUGUCGCUGAAAAUCUUGGAAAAUCUGAAGAAUUUUUGGCUCUCGACAUCAGUGAUCGGGAUCCUGCUGACCAAGGUUCCGGAAUACCAUAUCGAUUAUUAGCUGAAGGUAAUCUACCAAGCAUCAAUACACGUGAUAUUACCAUGAUAUUCGAAGAACAUCGUAUUUGCAAGAGUCUACAUUCAUACAUUCACAACAAAGAUUUGCUCGGUAAUUGUGGAGUUUACAGUGAAGAUGACAAUAAAUUUUUGUUCAGUAAUGUUAUCGUUGGAAGGAAAACUUACGCUAGGUUCAAGAUAUCAAAUACCAAUAAGGUUCCUGUUGAUGUCACAUUCACAGUGAAGCCACUUUCAAACAAAGUUGCAGCCAGGAUUCAUGAUAUUUAUGAAGUUGAACCAUCGAAAACACAAAUUCAACCUCAUCAUUUCGUACAUGCUACUGUAGCUUUCUGUCCUCCAGCAAUGAAUUCUUAUGGAUGUUUUUUUGAGGCUGCUGUAGAUGGUCUUCCGUCAUCUGUGGCAAAGGGUCGCAAUCUUUUCUUUGAAAUCACUGGCGAAGGCAAUCUUCCACGAGUUUCUAUAACGAAACCAGUCAUGCGUAACAAAACUGGAGAUCCUAUUUUGAUAUAUCAGCGACAAUUACUAGGUAGAGAAGAAAAUUUACCACUCACUCUGACUAAUGAAGGCACUCUACCGAGCAAAGUUAACAUUGUAAUGGAACAACAGGUUAUUGAAGAAAGUGAUGAAAUAAAUGAUGAUGAAACACAAGAAGUUGAGUAUUCCGCCUAUCUUCCUGAUUUUGCAUUUUCACUCGUUCCUCAUCAUGGCACCAAACUUCUCAGUCGAAUUGCACCUCCAGGACAACCAUCACAAGUACCAUACACUACUAGUGUUAUUUUACAACCCGGAGAAUCCGCUAAUUUCGACGUCAAAUUUCGACCUGAAUGCAGUAGAAUAUACAACGGACAAAUCAAAAUUACUGUCAUGGAUAAUUUGUUUGAAGAAAACAAAAUUCAACUGUUUGGCGAAGGAUUCCAGGACGAUGUUACUUUCGAUAACCUGUAUGAACCUGGAUUGGGUGGAUUUGAUUUUGAUGCUCCGACUGAUCCUAGCGUCAACCAACACCCUUCCACUACCACUGUAUCACAACCAGAACCUACUCCUAUUAUUUCUCGUGGCGAACGAUUGUUAUUUGGAGACUGUCAAGUUGGUGUUGCAAAAGAAAGAUCAUUUUCUAUAAAGAAUCACUCAGAUAUUGAUACAGUACGAUUCCAGUGGGCAGAAAAUGACAAGGUGAAAUUUUCUCCUUUGAUUGGACACUUACAUCCAGGUUGUUCGAAAGAUAUUACUGCAACAUUUAUAUCCGAUUCUCCAACAUUCUUGAAAGAUUCAAUUUUGAAAUGUGGUUUGAGUAAAAUCAAAUUUAUGCAAUCCGUGGACCAGGUUACUGACUGGGAUGAUAGACUGCGUGUUGUGAAAUGGAUUGAUGUUGUCGAAACCGAGGCCGAACCCGAGCAUACCGUAAUUGAAGGUUCUUCUCGGUCAUUGGAUCUUGCUCUAUGCGCUAAUGUCAACUACGCAAAAUUCAAUUGUCAGACUGAGAUUAUCAAUUUUAAAGAUACUCUCAUGUUCCAAGCUCGCGUGUAUGAUGUUCUCUUGAAUAAUAUUGGAGAAGUUCAACUUGACUACAAUUGGAAGGUAAUCAUGGAAAAUCCCUCGAUUCCAAGACUGACGUCAGCGAGUACAGAAGCUGGACACAGUCGCCAAUCUAACGUAACGCCAAGAAGCGCAACUCAGGAGUCUACUGUUGCCUCAGUAUUGGUUGAAGAAGGCAUGAGCGUUCCUUUCACUGUUACACCGAGCGAUGGGAAAAUUUUACCAGGAAAGAAACAAUAUUUUACUGUUAGAUUUGCCCCGAUUGAAGUCUCCGAAUUUCAAGCAAGACUUCUUUGCAACAUUCCGAAUAUUGAAGAAGAAGUCCAAGGUCCCGUAUUAAAACUACGUGGGCGAAGUCUCAUGCCUUAUUGUCAUUUUGACCUCAAGGAUAGCGACUAUUUAUCAGGCAGCCGGAGAAACCCGGAACUUCCGGGACCGAGAGGUGCUUCACCCGGAACAACCCUUGACCCCAACACCCGGGUCAUUGAAUUCGAAUCUAUCGGCGUUGGGGUGCGCAAUAUAAAAAAAUUCUGGGUAAUGAAUCCCACCGCUAAUGACUACACGUUUGCAUGGGAAUGUGACGACAUAAUAGACGCGCGUGUUACUCCCGCCUUUACUUGCAAUGUACCUGAAGGAAUGAUCGACGGAGGCAAAAAGCUAGAGGUUUCAUUUGAAUUCCUUCCGACCGCUCUCUCUGUCACGGAAUCGUUUUGGAAGUUUGUUAUUUUGGAACAAAAUAUUGCUAUGCCUUUCCUACUGGUCGGUGACACAAAAGAACCACAAGUAUCGAUGGACAUAUCACACGUCAACUUCAAAUCUUUACUUGUUGGUCGAACUGCUUCUGAGACUAUCAAUUUAAUUAACGAUGAAUCGAUUGGCUUCAACUUCAACAUUAUAGACGACUCUUGUCAUUCAGAAGGAUAUUCGACCAGUUUAUUCAUUUCUCCCAUGCACGGAUUUAUUCCUGCUAGAACAAGACUCCCUCUUCAAGUUUCCUACACUGCUAGUCAACCAGGAGAUGCUAAUUUCAACGUAAUUUGUGAAGUUGGAAGAAAAACAAAGCCUUUGAUGUUGAACGUAAAAGCUUGCGGACAUAGUAUGCAGGCUCAACUGGUAUGCGAGAACUCACAAGGCGCUAAAAUUGAACUAUCACCGGCUGGACUGAACGCCAUCAAUUUUGGCGAGGUUGAACUUCAUGAGAAAGCUGUGAGACAAUUGUACCUAAUCAACAGUGGAAAACAUAACUUUACUUACAACUGGAACCUACAACACGAUGUUCAAAUCAUGGAAUCUUUAAGCUCACGAUCACUCGAUACAAAUAGGAAACAAAAAAUGGAUCCAAAAACUGGAAAGCUACCUGCAUCCAACAAACGACCAAAGACUAAAACUCCGCGUCAGAAGAUUCCUGCCAUUAGCAUUUCACCUGAAGAUGGCUCUGUCGCUGCCGGUACACGAAAACGAUGUCUUUUAACUUUCCAACCACAUGAUUUGGGCGGCAUCCCAACAUCCGAACUAGUUUUGAAGGUGAGCGAUGGUCCGAUGUAUUUGUGUCACGUGACAGGAGUUGGCGUGAAACCAGGAUUGGCGUUCUCAUUUAGCGAAUACUCGUUUGGAUCUUGUUUUAUCUACAGAGCGGGAAUGCCCGUCAAUACGGUUACCCUUACGAUCACGAAUAAAGACAACAAAGAAAACAGUAUCGAGUGUAUGUAUGAAAACACGCCUCAUCUCGAAGUUGGAUUCCAAGCUGUUGUUCUUCCACCUGGUGGUUCUACCGAAGCAACGAUCGCUUUUUAUCCAAGAGCAGUGACGAAAUACAGAGAAACACUCUCAUUUCAAAUUAAUGGAUUGUCUAACCAUUUGGUUGAUAUUUUGGGUGAUGGAACGGAAUUGAGGGUUGAAGUCCAAAAUCCCAAGCAACGAAUGCUCAAAUUUGGUGCAUUACGUGUUGGCGAAUCCGUGAAGCAUAUUGUACCCAUCGUUAACAAGAGCCCCAUACCUAUCAAUCUUAACAUAUCAAUUACCCCUGUAAGCCAACCUUUGCACGACCCCAGUGUUAUGUACGUCUCACCCACCGAACCCAUUACCCUGGCUGGGCGAGGAGGCACCAGAAAUAUUUCUGUCUACUUUACCCCCAAGACGAGAAUCCCCCAGUUUACUGAAGAGGUUAUGAUGGAGUGUGCUGGAAUGUCCCAGCCGGUUUUCGUCGUCAGUGGCAGCUGUCAAGGCAUCGAGAUAUCUCUGGACCAGGACUCUGUUCCAUUUGGCGGGGUGGUACAACGAAGCUGUAGCACAAGACGCAUAAUGAUGCAAAAUACAGGAGAUAUUGGUGCAGGAUUUCGAUGGGAGGCAGAGAAAUUUUCUCCUGACUUUUCAAUCGAGCCUAUCAGCGGUUAUAUCAGUCCAGGAAUGGAAGUUUCAUUCACGGUAACGUUUCAUCCAAUAAAUUUAAGUCCAGACAUAAGAUAUGACGGACUUUUAUGUCUCAUUGAAGGAGGAAAACCACUCAAAUUAACGCUUACUGGAAUGUGUAUAGUAGGAUCACCAACUACUAAAGAGGUUGUUGGAUUCAGUUGUCAUGUACGUGGUCGUGAAACACGUAGCGUUAUGAUUGCAAACCGAACAAAUCAACAAUGGAGGCUCCAUCCAGUGAUAGAUGGAGAGUAUUGGACCGCUGCAGAUACUUUAGUCGUGGAUGCGAUGCAAACGAAAGCAUAUGAAUUAACCUACAGGCCUUUAACAAUGUCAACAGACGGAAAGAAACACACGGGAUCUGUAUUCUUUCCACUACCGGACGGAACCGGCCUCUUGUACAACCUGCAAGGCCAAGCAGAUCCUCCUAAACCAGUGUCCAGUAUAUCUAGAGAUAUACCUUGCAAGACAGCAUACACGGAAUUGCUUCAAGUGGCGAACUGGUUGCGGAAGCCCCAAAGAUUCAAAGUUACAGUUGAAAUGAUCAAACCCGACAAACUUGAUUCUGGAACAACACUGAAGGGUCUUGAUUAUAUCGACGUGCCAGGAUCAGUGAAAAGAGAUUACAAGCUACAUUUCUACGCUCAUAAGGAAGGCACUUUUGGUGCCAAGAUUGUCUUCAAGAACGAAGCGACUUCUGAAUAUAUCUUUUAUUACGUCACAUUCCGCGCCACUGCACCUGGAGUAAUCUCAACUAUAGAGCUACAAACUCCAGUCAGACGAAGCGCAGCACAUUCUGUACGAGUAGAAAAUCCCCUCGCUUAUCCAUUAACUUUCCAAACUGACUGCAAAGCUCCAGACAUUAAUCUUCCACCGCAGUUUACUGUUCCCGCUAAUUCAGAGGGAAGCUGCAUGUUUGAAUACCAGCCACUAAAAGCUGGUGAAUUUUCCGGAAAACUUAUCUUGACCAACUCUGAACUCGGCAGUUACAUGUACGACUUGGCGUUGAAAGCAAUGACAGCUGGACCAGAGAAAACGACUUAUUUCAACGCCGGACUGGGAACCAACCAAACUAUUACUAUAAGAUUUCAGAAUUACGCAAGACAAAAAACUGACUAUAUCUGUAAGAUUGACAAUUCUGAAUACAGUUGUGAAAAGACUCUCACCUCCGCACCUGCAUCAUCUGGUUCAGGCACUGAAGUCGUUUUAGAUGUAUUAUUCGAACCAGUGAUCUUGGGAGAAUCCAGAGCCACUUUGACAGUUUCAUCGUCAGUGGGAGGCGAAUACAUCUUCCCUUUGAUUGGUCGAUGCACACCACCACGCCCACAAGGACCUUUCGUCGUCCGCGCUAAGUCUUCUGUCUCGGUGCCGUUCAAAAAUGUGUUCCCUACAACAACAGUGUUUACUUUCCAGGUCGAUAAUCCAUUGUUCAGCGUAAAACCAGGAGAACCAAUCAGAAGCAAGAAAACGCACAACAUUUCCGUUACGUUCGAUGGAGGUCCUACACCAGGCAGAGCGGUCACUGCUAAAUUGACCAUUUCCUGUGUCCGGUCAGCAGGUUCAGGCUCGGGAACUAACUUAAGCUGGAUCUUUUACUUAAAAGGCAUCACCCCGGAAACGCAAACCAUUAUUUAAAUGUUAUUUUGCUGUUUUUAUUCAAAAAAUUUAGUAUCAGAAACUCACCCUUUUUAGAUGAAUUUAUAGUAUUGAUAACUCAUUUUUUGUAAGCUCGUGCUAUCAUUAUCAGAUACUUGUUACCCUAAAGUAUUUUGUAUUUAGUAUAAAAUUGUAUACUGUAUAGUGUUUUUGUAUAUUUGCUGAAUAGAAUAUAUUUUUGCUCUGGAGUUUUAAGUUUGGCUUUAGUCUUCUAUACUGUUGUAACAAAUGCUUUUGAGAAAUAAAUAAAUUUGAUGUUUGUACAA